AUGCAGAGUGCCUCCGAUAUUAUUUCUUCCUUGUUAUGGUUCACAUACGAUUCAUAUUCAAAUGAAGAAAACGAUUCACAAAUAAUCGAGCAGUUUGUUCAAACUGUGGAAGAUUUUAGUUCUCAGUAUGGAAGCGAAAUAAGUGUAUCAUAUACCGCAUUUAAUUUAAGAGGCCCACCAUCUAACUUUCCAGAUUAUGGAGAUUAUCCGCAAGCCUUUGUUAUGCGUACCUAUGGAACUUGGUGGGAUGAAGCACCAUCAUUUCAAAAGGAUUACAUGCCCCAAAACAGUAGUGCAAUACCAAGUCAGGAUUUUGUGGAAGUGUCGUUUGAAAGAGCAGUGUUUCCAUUAGAGGUGGCAGUGUUUGAGACAUACAAUCCUGGUGCGUUAGUCAGGAUUUGGGCACUCGGGCAUGCUUCAUGGAUUCUGUUGUGGGAAGGAGAGCCAGAAUAUGUAGGCGAUACUCCAAGGAUAUUCAGCCCACCAAUACGACAAAUAAAUGUUCCCACAAGGAUACUCAGAUUAGAAUUCAAUCACCGUCUCCUGCCUUACUAUACAGAACUUGAUGCCGUUCUUCUUAGAGGGAGAGAACCCCCAAAUAUGGGCAAAAUAAAAAAUAAUUUCUCAUAUUCCACUCUAUUCAAGAAGAGCCAGCCGGUUGUUGAGAAAGGUAUGCUUCUUAAUAAAGUCAUUGCAUCAAAUCUACACGAAGACAUAGUGCAGCCGACGGUUUUGUCUUCAGAUAAAUUGAUAGACAGAGGACCACCAUUAGGAGAUUUUCAGAGACUCCCUGAUGAAACUAUAUUAUCAGUGAUGAAAUAUUUGGACAUGCAGUCAUUAUGUAGAUGUGCUCAAGUCAAUACACAUUUCAAAAGGCUAGCAUCUGAUGCCAUAUUGUAUAGAAGUAUUGAUCUUAGACCAUACUGGCAUUGUGUGAGAUCUCAGGUGCUCGUGAAUCUAUCAAUGAAAUGUAAAUUCCUAAAGAAAUUGGAUCUUUCAUGGUGCGGCAGUCAUUGCAUGAUACAGCCCCAUUAUGUUGUUAACUUCUUAAAAUACAGCGGUUCUGAAUUAACACAUCUGAGGAUGAAUUGUUGUAAAUUUGUUGACAACAGCGUACUAAGAGCUAUUGUUGACACUUCAUUUAAUUUACAAGAACUAUGUCUGCGUUCGGUGGUAACAUGUUCUGAAUGGUCCUGUUUGUCUUCACUCACUAAGUUAAAGCGACUCGAUCUAUACAGAACUCAUAUAACUACAUCGGCUGCUGUCUCCAUUGUAUGGGCAAAUCCAUCUCUAGAGCAUCUUAACGUUGGUUCCUGUAAAAUGAUAUCAGCUAUGGAUGAAGUGGCGCUAGCUCUUGGUGCGAACUGUCCUGACCUUAUGUCAGUGGAUUUUUGGAAGUCCUACUCAUUAACCGCUGUUGGUAUUCGAGCUUUGGGUAACUGUAAGAAGUUACAGGAAUUGGAUGUUGGAUGGUGCCUACAAGCUAGCAGCUCAGGCGAAUGGUUGUCAUCUCUUACCGGUGGUGAUCUGAGAAAGUUGUUCCUGGGAGCUCUCCGUGGUAUAUGUGAUAGAGAUCUUAGAGUGUUACUGCCAAAAGCUACUAAACUGGCCCAGUUAGACUUACUAGGAGUCAGGGCUGUCACUCCGGAUAUAUGCUCAGACAUUUUAGCGGAAUGUCGCGAACUUCGCCUACUAGAUGUUAGCUUCUGUGAUCAAAUACAAGAAUCUCAGGUAUUGGAGUGGCGCAAACAGUAUCCCCACGUCAGUAUAAAGAGAUCAUUUCAAUCAGCAAAUCUGACAACAGCUCCGAACGCAUUAUUCCUAGCACCCAGUUUGGAAUAA